CCACCAAAACGAUAUUAUGACUGCAAGGGUGUAUAUUUUACCAUUAGAGAAAAGGUUAUUCGCUCUUAAUACUCACAUAUUGCUUGUAGUAAGUACGCACGUGCGAAAAAACUUGUUUACAUCACAAUAUUUUUAUCACUAGAUACGAUAUCUUCUAAAAAAAUGAUAUGGGGAUUGUUUCCCCGGGAUUGGACUUUCUUUUCCGUUAUUAAUUUUUCAAAAAUGAAUUGAUUUUAUUAUAAAUAUAGGGCGGAUUUAAAUAAUCAUUAUUUUGAGAUAUACCACUCUGCUUGUUGUAUUAAACAAAGUUCUGAAGAUAUUAGAGAUGGAAGAUUCUCAAACAAAUCACGACGAUCUGAAAGACACACACAAAUCUCUUUUAUCUGCCUUGGCACAAAGGGCUAAUGAAUGGACUGUCUUAGAUGACCUUAAUGAUGAAGAGAGAAAAGCGCUUUAUAGCACAAGUCUCAAUGAAAUUAUUUCUUUUGGCUUUCCGGAGGUUAUCCGUAAAUUGAAGCUAGAAUCGUAUGCAAAGUUCUUGGUUACUCUUGAAGAGGAAAUCAAGUUUCCAUUAAUGUUCCGACCGACACCUGCUAUGAUUUUUAAUCUGAAUGAAAUCAGUUUUCUAGGAACAAAACCGAUGAAAGAACAUGCUGAGAGAGUGAAAUCAAAUCUGAUACAAGUCGUGACAAAAGAAAUAAAUAGAAAAUAUUGUGCAGACACACCACUUAUACAUCUCUCCGACGGUGAAUUCAACGUGCUUCUUUCUCUCCGACCCCUUCUUGAUGGUGUCAAAUAUCCCGAUACUGUUUUAACUUUACAUUGGAAAGUUAUCGAAAGUAAACUUGACACACAUUUGGAUAAACUAGCAACGGAUCACGAUCUUGAAAUAGAGGAUGUACGCUGGAUAAUACGCCUUGAAAUGGAUGUCAAUUCACCAGAAUUCAUAAGCAUCAAAGCUCUGAAGCUCCGUAAACUAAACGAAAAAUAUAUGAUUGAAAGGUUGUCCAAGAAAUAUGAUACGCAAAGCGAUGUGCAUGAUUUAACUGAAACCGAGAAAAAAUUUCUUGAUAAACUGAAUGUUAUACGUAGUAAUUAUCCUCCAGUUGUCGAGUGCCUUCAUUGGAAAGUCCGUCACAUUUUCCUAUGCAAAGCAUUUGAUGAUUUUAAGGCUGGAACCUUAACCGGACAUUCACUGGAAUUGAUGCCUAAGAAGCUAGCAUACCUCAUGUCAAACGAUCGGGUGCCAGACAAAACUAAGGACAAGGCCAGAGAAUUCAAUAAGAUAUUGAUGUCAAAAAAAAUGUUCACAUACAAAAGUUGUAUGGAUAAUUACACAACUUAACUCAAAAUGAAAAUUACAUUUAGUAAUAGUUAUAUACGCUAUGUAAUUUGUAAUAGUCAUGUUACGAUUCAUCAUUACUGUUAUGGUUCUGGGAGUAUCAAUAUUCUUUAAUGUACUGUCGUUCAAAAUGUUUGGUAUACUUAGACAAAUCAUGACACCAUUUUCGUUUUUAAAUGAUUAUCUCAAAAUUAUUUCUUGAUUAAAAAUGUUACUAAUCCUGACUCAAUCAAAGUCUUUAUUAUUAGAUUUCUUAAGCAGUCGUACACAAUGGAUUAAAGUGAAUCGCUUUUAAGCUACGCAUUGUACAUACAACAGUCUGGCAUGAAAAUGUUUAUCAUCAAAAAUCGCUUAACACCGUAAAACAUGUACAUGUAUAUAAAUUAGAUAAACGAAAGAUACGAAAGAGAUACGAACUGAAAACAAUUUAACAACUAUCCAAAUUCUAAAUUAUUCUAACACUCCGUGCAAAGUUUGUUUUUCAGCUUAUAUGUUAUUCUUUUGCGAACACAUUGUUUUUCACCUAGGAAUAUGUAAGUGUCACGAAAUACGAAAAUGUUUAUCUACCAAAAUGAAAUCUCUCUAGAUGA